GUCGCCUCCCACGCCCCACCUGCCGUUCAAAAUAAACAAUGCACCCGUUCCUGUCUUGCUAACAGCAAAGGAAUGGCCAAUGAUAUCCUCGGAUGUUGGGAUGUGGCGCCGUCUCCUAGACAAGUUAGUUGCUACAGCAGCAUCAGCGACCGACACAGACAAGAGAGAUGGAGGACUUUGAAGAUGUGGAAGAGGCUCCGCCCUCCACCGAAGAGCUGAUCCCCUGUAAAAUCUGUGGAAGGAGCUUCUUCACUAAAGUCCUGAAGAAACAUACCCCAAUCUGUCAGAAAGCAGCAGCUAAGAAGAGGAAGGUGUUUGACUCUGGCAGGCAGAGAGCUGAGGGAACAGAGAUCUCCACUAUCAAACCUAUCAAAUCUAAGUCACACACUUCUACCACCACUGCUAAGACUGUGAAACCGGAGCCUCCUAAGAAGCAGUCUAACUGGCGCAGGAAACACGAGGACUUCAUUGCCACCAUCAGAGCUGCCAAGGGCAUCACUCAGGUCAUGAAGGGGGGACCCUUACCCCCUCCUCCACCACCCUCCUACGACCCAGAUUAUAUCCAGUGUCCAUUCUGCGAGCGACGGUUCAGUGAGAAUGCAGCAGACAGACACAUGAAAUUCUGUAAGGAGCAGCACGCUCGCAUGCAGAAUAAGGCCAAGGUACCCGGGGUUGUGGACGCCAAGAAAACACCUGCACGCACACAGUUCAAGCCUCCUGCUCCUGUGAAGAAGGCUAACUCUCCUGCUGUGUCCGCUGUGCCCUCUUCCUCCCGUUUACCCCAGAGAUCUGUCCUGGGCCAGCCCUCCGGGAUUUCAUCCAGUAAGGUUCCCUCUGCAGGAUCAGUGAGGAGCGCUCCGUCUGGUUACUCUCCUAACCGCAGCGCCACUUCUGGCCUCACUAGUCCACCUUCAGGUGUUGGAGGUAAGCCCCGUCCAGUAGGUUCCUAUGGCUCUGUGAAAAUCUCUCAGACAGCAGGGGGACUCAACAACAGGAAAGCCUACAACACAGACAAAUACAACUCCAGGAGCGAUGGCAAAAGUGAAAACGUGGAUAAUGGGGGAAUGAUGACAAAGUUCUGCCACGAGUGUGGAACACAGUACCCUGUAGACUGGGCCAAGUUCUGCUGUGAGUGUGGGGUCCGUAGGAUGUGUAUUUAAAGGAGGAGAGUGAGGGAUAGAGGUGAGAGAUAGAGGAGGAGGAGAAGAGAAAGGAGUAGGAGGAUAGAGAAAAGGGGGAAAGAUAGGUAGAGAGGAAGGAAAUAGGAAAUUAAAUGAAAUAAGGGCAGUUCACUGGAACCCUGGGCCAUGAUGCUGUUAUGACACUUACCUAGUUAAAAUAGUACACGGCAAGCAGGAGUUCUCCCCCGAUAUCAGCUCUCAUAACUGUUAAUGUCAUUAUUAUGACAGUGUUAUGUAGGCUUUACUACAGAAGACUCAAGCACAUAAUUACCCCAAAUGUCCACCCUAACCCAUUCUUAUCCCAACCACUGCCUAUGUACCACGAUCUACAAGCCCUCUCCAGUAUAACCCGAGGUAGAAACACACUCAUCCCAUCUACUCCCUCCCACCCAUUUCUCUCCUGACUCACAUAUUCAAUGUAUUACUAUUGAAGUGCAAUAUGAUUGACUACUGAUUUUAAAGAAGGAGUUUAAUUCUUGAAGAUGAAUGGAAUGUGUGACGUGGCAAAGUGGACUCAUUCUUUUCAUUGAGUCAUGAGUAGAAUUAAUGUUAAGUAUUUGGAAAAUAAUACACAUGGGUUUUACAGGGACCAGCAGGUUGGCCUUUUAUUGUUAUGAAUCUUGUCCUGGAGGCAGAACUGAGGUUGUGUCUACACUUGACAAUUUCAUGCGACUUCUGCUGUCAGAAUACGAAGAUCGCAUUGAAAAGACGGGUCUAGACGCACAAAAGGCGCUUUGUGGUCUAAUUGUGUUCACAUCUGAAGUGGUCAGGGAUGCAUUGUGUGUGGAUUUCUCCUCAGUCUGGAUGCAAUCAGGCUACAGAAAGCGCAAACAGUGGGCAACAUCAUCAGCACUCCUCCACCAAAUCCCCAGAAAACAUGUGUUUUGGGACAGAGGCACCUUUUCAUUAUAACGUUGGAGGGAAUACGUUCUUAGUGUGAGAGGAACGUGUUUUUUGGCCUCAAAUGGUAGCCAACUAGCUAAUAUUUAGAAAAACAUUUUUGUUUGGCUAGCGUUAUCCCAUUUGCAAUCCCUUUAGUGUUGCUCACUAUCUUGCUGGCUAGCUACAGAGGUUAGCUAGCUA